AGAAAUAGUCCGUCGAGCCGUUUACGCCGUAAAAAAGAUUCCGUGAAUGGCGCUAUGAAUACACAGUCGAAUAUUAAACGUGAAACGAAUCCGUUUCUGGAGGCAAAUUUGAUAUCAAAGUGGUUUUUUGUAUGGAUGCGACAUGUAUUUCGCAAAGGGCGCCGCGAAGAACUCAGUGACGAUGAGCUAUACGCAAAUCUGUCCUGCUUCGAUAGUGAAAAACUGACGGAUGGCUUGCAGCGGCCUUGGAUACGUGAAUCCCAACGGAAGCGGCCAAGUUUGCUGCAUCUGAUCUUCACAUUCUAUGGCUGGCAAUUCGUGCCCGUUUGCCUGAUCUACUCAAUCCUAGAAAUUGCUAUACACGCCUUUCAGCCACUAUUCCUGGGCGGACUGAUCUCGUACUUUGCCGAGGGACAGACUAGCAUCACCAAGGAGUCCGCUUAUCUGUAUGCGAUGGGCAUUGUGCUGUGCUCGCUGGUCACCUCGCUGGUGUUUCAUCCAUUUAUGUUUUAUGUGUUUGCCGUGGGCACCCGCAUACGGCUGGCCUGCGCUGGACUCAUAUACCGAAAGUGUCUGCGUGCGGCGAUCAAUGGCAGAGAAGGUCUCGGUGCUUUGGCCAUAUCAGUGAUGUCCAUCGAUUUGCCACAGUUCGAUUUGACGUUCUAUUUCUUUCACGAUCUGUGGAAGGGUCCCGUGGAGGCGAUCAUCUUUGGUUACAUUAUGUACAUGCGCAUUGGUUGGACAGCAAUCAUUGGAAUUGCGUUCAUAAUCCUGCUGAUUCCGUUGCAGGCCUGGGCUGCCAAGGCGGCAGCUCACUAUCGCACGAGGUCCGCGGAACAGCGAGAUCGCCGAGUCAAGCUGAUGAACGAGAUUAUUGGCGCCAUACAGGUGAUCAAAAUGUAUGCGUGGGAGCAGUCCUUCGCCAAGCUAAUUGCCCAUGUACGCGGACUGGAGGUGAAGUCGAUUCGCGGCUCCAUGUGCAUCUAUGCGGCGCUGCAGUGCACCGACAUGAUAUCGAAGGUGUCCCUCUUUCUCAGCCUCAUCGCUUACGUGUACACGGGAGAUGUGGUCACCGCCGAGAAGGUGUUCAUACUCUCGUCCUACUACAGCCUGCUCAACGAUUCAUUGCUUCACUUUUGGCCACUGGCUGUGACAACCUGGGCCCAGACUGUGGUCAGCGCCAGGCGUGUUACCGAUUUUCUCCAGCUGACUGAGUCCCCCACGGUCAAAGGUUGCUCAAGCUGUGGCGAUAAUCCCGCUCUGCAACUGGACUUGGGCAAACCGGCCAAGCCUAUAUUUGCUGGCCGGCUGCAUUGCACGGAGAGUUCUUUGAAAUCACUGCGCUUUCAGAAUGUCAGCGCCAGCUGGAACAAGCCAAGCAUUCUGCAGCAGCGACGAGCGCAUAUUGAAGGCAUCAGUUUUGAUCUGCAACAGGCACAAAUCGUGGGCAUUGUGGGCAACGUGGGCUCCGGAAAGAGUACCCUCCUCAACGUCAUCUUGGGCGAAGUGGAGCUAAUGCAGGGUCGUGUCGAACUGCACGGCAAGUUGAGCUAUGCUCCGCAAGAGCCCUGGGUCUUUCAGGGCAGCAUACGGGACAACAUACUGUUUGUGGAGCCCUACGAUGAGCAGCGCUAUCGUGCUGUGGUCCAUGCCUGCCAGCUGGACUGUGAUCUGGCGCUGUUGCCACAUGGCGACGCAACUGUGGUGGGUGAGCGUGGCAUCAGCUUGAGCGGUGGCCAGAAGGCAAGGAUUAGUCUGGCUCGUGCCGUCUACCGCCAGGCGGAUAUCUAUCUAUUCGAUGACCCUCUGGCAGCAGUGGAUUCCCGGGUGGGUAAACUGCUGAUGGACAAGUGCUUUCAUCGGUUUUUGGCUGACAAACUGCGGAUAUUGGUGACGCAUCACGUGCAGCUGCUGCAACAGGUGGACCACUUGCUAUUGCUCGACUCAGGUCGCUUAACCCACCAGGGCAGCUAUGCUGAGCUACGGGAUGUCAUCGAGAAGCAUGCAGCGCCUGACUUAGAUGCCAUUGAGACGGAUAAGCAACAGGUGAAGCGUGUGCUCAGUCAGGUGGACAGAAACUCCAAGCUGUCUCAGGACAUGUCUGAUGCUGCGGAUGAGCAGCAACAACAGCAAAAUGCCAAUGCGGAAUUGCAGCAACAAGGCGCCGUUGGCUAUGAUAUCUACCGGGACUACUUCCAGGCACUGGGUGCACCCAUCUUGGUGUGCAUAGUGCUCGCUCUCUUUGUGCUGGCACGCGUUUGCCAAGCCCUCAUGGACAUCUUCAUAUCGCGCUGGGCCACCUGGGAGGAGAAUCGAGAUUAUGCCAAUGCCGAGCAAUUCGAGGAGACGCGCACCCGUAUGGUCAUCUGGUAUUCGGUGCUGCUGCUGUGCACCCUGGCAUUGUACUUGCUGCGCACCUUUGGCUUCUUUCUGCUGUGCCUGCGCAUCUCGUUGCGACUGCACAAUCUGCUCUUCCAUGGGAUCAUACGUGCCCGCAUGCACUUCUUCAAUGCGAAUCCCUCGGGUCGUGUCCUCAAUCGAUUCUCCAGCGACAUUGAGAAUGUGGAUGUGGCCCUGCCGCAGGCCAUGAUGGACUCCCUUCAGUUUUUUGUGAAUGUGGUGGCCGUGUUGGUUAUAGUUGCCAUAGCCAACUAUUGGCUGCUCAUUCCCGCUGCGAUUAUGGUGGUUCUCAUGUAUCUGUGCCGUGCUUUCUACAUCGCAGCUAGUCGCAGUCUGAAGCGCAUUGAAAGUCUGACUCGCAGUCCAGUUUACUCGCAUGCCAAUCAAACUUUCGAAGGAUUGACCACAAUUCGGGCGCUGGAUGCGAUGCCACAGCUGGAGCAGACUUUCCAUGGACACCAGAAUACCAACUCCUCUGCUCUGUUCCUCUAUACGAGUGCGAAUCGUGCAUUCGCCUUUUGGACGGAUCUGAUCUGUGUGGUUUACAUACUGGCCGUAACAUUCAGUUUUCUGGUGAUCAACCAAAGCUUUUACAGCGGAGAUGUGGGUCUGGCCAUCACUCAAUCGAUGACCUUGGUCAUCAUGUGUCAGUGGGGCAUGCGGCAAACUGCAGAGCUCGAGAACAAGAUGACCAGUGUGGAGCGCAUUUUGGAGUACGCAAAGACGCCUUCGGAGCCACCGCUGGAGACGGCGAAAAAUGUGAAUCUACCCGCCGAAUGGCCACAGGCGGGUCAUCUGCGUUUCUGUGAGCUGCGCAUGCGUUACACACCUGAGGAUAAUGACAUUUUGAAGGGCCUUAACUUUGAGACACGAUCCAUGGAGAAGAUUGGAAUUGUGGGACGCACAGGCGCCGGCAAAUCCUCAAUUAUUCAGGCACUGUUUAGGCUGGCAGUCAACGAGGGCCUCAUCGAGAUCGAUGGCCAAAAUAUUGCGCAGUUGGGUCUGCAUGAUCUACGCAGUCGCAUCUCAAUCAUACCACAGGAAUCGGUGCUCUUUGCUGGCACUUUGCGUUUCAAUCUCGAUCCGUUUGACGAGAAAAGCGACGAGGCUCUGUGGGACGUGUUGCACGAUGUCAAGUUGAAGGCAUAUGUUCAUAGUCUGGAGGGUGGCCUCUACUGCCACAUGCAGGAGGGCGGCUCGAAUUUCAGCAUGGGCCAACGGCAAUUGGUUUGCCUGGCACGUGCCAUCCUGCGCAGCAAUCGAAUACUCAUCUUGGACGAGGCAACGGCCAACGUGGAUGCCGACACCGACAAACUGAUUCAGGAGACAAUCCAGACCAAGUUCGCCCAGUGCACGGUGCUAACAAUUGCACAUCGCCUGCACACAGUGAUGGACAACGACAGCGUUCUAGUUAUUGAUGCUGGCAAAAUAAUCGAAUUUGGACCGCCGCACGAGCUGCUCCAGCUCAAAGAUGGUGCCCUGCUCAAGCUGGUUAACCAGAAUGACUUGGUUACCAUAAAACAUCUCAAGAAAAUUGCCGCAGAUGCGUACAUGCGUAAAAACAAAUAAACCCAACCUAAUCUUAAAAUGUUCAUUAAUGCUGUAGUCUUCGCUGUGAUCUGUAAAAAUGAUUUUUUGUUUAUAUAUUUAAGUGAUUUUUUAUACAUAUACCAUAUACCAUAUUGAAAAGAAUCGCACAAAAAAUAAAUAAACUUGCGCCAGUUCUUAAAACAUAGUUCUUUCAAAUUGAUUUUGAAUCUGUUCGAAUAAAAACAAAAAAAAUGUU